UCAUCGAACUGGCGACUUAAAGACCUGAGCCCCUGAGGAAAAUUUCAGUCUCCAUUUCGCGCUGGACGGUGCCUCUGCUACCCUCGUGCAAUCCCUGGAAUAUAGAAAUAUUUUGCUGCAUCAUGAAGUCCGUAGUUCUUGUGAUUGUUCUUGUGUGUGGAAGUAAAUUUGUCGAAGGAUAUGCAAUUGAGCGGCAAGGUGUGGAAUCCGGAUGGCCACCGGUAACGGAUAAUCCGGGGGGUGGUGCAGUGAUCCCCGAUUGGCCACCACCGAGUGAAGCACCACCAGGUGGAUCGCCACCACUUCCCGACUGGCCACCAACUAGUGAAGCUCCAGGGACACCUCCUACGCAGCCACCUGUGGAAACGACAACAACCGGAGUUAUUCCUGAUUGGCCACCAACAAGUGAAGCUCCUGGUCCUGGAACUACAACCACAACAGGCAUCAUCCCCGACUGGCCCCCAACGAGUGAACCUCCUUUAACUCCUCCACCACCACCAACGACCACAACGGGCAUCAUACCAGAUUGGCCACCAACGAGCGAGGCUCCUGGAGCUCCUCCACCUACAACAACACCAGGAUCACCGCCACCAACUACAUUGUUCCCCACGACUGCUUCACCACCAACCCCUCCGCCCACAACGACAAUUUCAACGGAUCCUACGUCACCUACAAUGCCUGAUCCACUACCGGACACCACCACGCAAGUCACGAUGACCCCAUCAACUCCUUCACCACCCCCAUUUGACACCCAACUUUAAAAUAAAGAUUGAAUAAAAUAUAGCAGCUUAAUUUGUAUUAUUUUAUGAACAAAUGGUUUAUGAAUUAAAAGAAAAAUUAUUAAAA